UCGUCUGUAACUAUUACAAGGCGAUUUGCUCUGAUUGUUCUCGUAAACUUUUAUUUUUGGAGCUUUUAAAGAUUAUUUGGCACCUAGAGAAGCAGACAAACAUACCAUGCCUGGCGUCAGAUUGGACCCCACGCCAGAUCUAGGCGACCAAGUCAGUCUUCAGGACAAUCUGGAUCAAGAUUGUGCCGAGUCGGGCCUAGAGGCCGUGAUCGGAGACCUCCUGUUACAGACGGUUGCCGACGAUGAAGACGAAAAAGCAACUGAUGAACGUUUUUAUGAGCUGGAACUCAGUCUUCAGCGAGCCGUGCAAGAGGUACAUUGCGAUUUGAAGGUUUUCGGCAAAACUAUACAGGCACGUCUGGAGGAAGCGACAGCCCAGGUCACGCCUGUUGUUGAGGCCAUCGCCGCCUUACAGCAGGAGAACGCGAGUUUAAGGAUCCAGCAGGAGACGCUUGCAAGGCAAGUAAUGGAGCUUUGCAGUGCCCUUGGACUGCCUGGACCAAAACUGAUGCAAGAGCAAGACGUCGAUCCAGCAAACGGCAAUCCAUCUGAUGGUGAAGUCAACCCAGUGCUACACCCUCCUACCUUUGCUGCAGUUUGCCGCACAUCAUCUGUGUCAUCUCCCACCGGCAGGGUCUCGCGUAGCAAUAGCAUGAUGGAGACGGAGCCCAUUUCUCUUGUGGGUGAAUCUGUGUGCGAGGCAUCCCGUGACGUCCCUGUGCUUCCUAACGGAUCAUCCAUGACCUCCAUCAAAAGUGAGGUGCAAAGUGAGAAGCUGAACUCAGAGAAGCUGCAGGAGAUUGAGGACGAGGAGAUCCUGGACAAAAUGCUUGAUGAUUGCAAAGACUUUGAAGAAAGGAAAAUGAUCAGGACUGCAAUGAGAGAACUGCGAAAGAAAAAGCGAGAGGCUAGGCUGGGAUGCACACAGGAGGAAAUGGACCAGAGAGAGAAGGAGCGAGAUCAGCGUCUGCUGGAGCUCAGGCAGCAGCGGGAGGAGAGAUCUCAGAAAGCCCGUGUGGGUGCAGACACCAGUGAGGUCGUGGUGAAGAAGAUCGAGCGCUCCACUGACGGCUCCGCUAUCAGUCACAUCACCAAUCGCGUUUCCCAUUCAGAUGAUGCUGGCAGGACGUCCCGCAGCACUAUCAUGGAAUCCAGCUAUGUUCAAAAGACAGACAAGGGAACCGUGCAAACAAAAUCCUACAGUUACUCCAGCACCACGUCCACUAGGAAGGUCGGCAGUGUUUUUGACCGUGAGGACAACACAUCUCGUACCUCCAGCAGAACAUCAGCUCUUGAGCGCAGACAGGCGGAGAGAACGGAGCUGAUGAGGGCUCAGACAUUACCCAAGACAUCUGCAGCACAGGCACGAAGAGCCAUGAUCGAGAAGCUGGAGAACACUGGAGGCUCUGGAGGCAACUCGGCCAUUGCUCAAGUAAACAAGGUGCAGCGCUCCACAAGCUUUGGUGUCCCCAACGCCAACUCCAUCAAACAGAUGCUGCUGGACUGGUGCAGAUCCAAGACCCGUUCCUAUGAGAAUGUGAACAUCCAGAACUUCUCCUCCAGCUGGAGUGACGGGAUGGCGUUCUGCGCUCUGGUGCAUAACUUCUUUCCAGAGGCCUUCGAUUACUCCAACCUCAGUCCCGCAAACCGCAAGCAGAACUUUGAGGUGGCCUUCAGCACAGCAGAGGCCCAUGCUAACUGCAUGCCCCUGCUGGAGGUGGAGGACAUGAUGAUUAUGGGUAAGAAACCAGACCCCAAGUGUGUGUUCACAUACGUGCAGUCACUGGUGAACCAUCUGCGCAAGCAUGAGAUGAUGAUGGCGCGUGCGCAGCGGACCCCUGACUUCUGAUGCUCGCUUUACCUGCGGUUUUCAUUCUGAUCCGGUUACAUUUCCACAGUUAAGAUUGUGUUUACUGUCCAGACAGAUCCAAACAGCUCCUUCUGUAACAGCUGUAAAAACUCAAUAGGGAUUUUUUUUUACACUAGUUUGUU